AUGGUCGUCUUCAGCAAGGUCACCACCACCGUCCUGGGCCUUUCGGCCGUCGCCUCCGCCGUGCCUAUGGUCCCUACUCUCAAGGGCUUCACUGUGAACCAGAUAGCGCACAAGGUCUCCGAGCGCAGCAUCAACCUUCCUGCUGUCUAUGCCCACGCGUUGCGGAAGUACGGGGCCAUUGUGCCUACUCACGUCCAUGCCGCUGCGUAUUCCGGCAGCGCUGUCACCACCCCUGAGGAAAACGACACUGAGUACCUCACCCCCGUGGAUGUCGGUGGCACCGUUCUUAACCUGGACAUUGACACUGGUUCUGCUGACCUCUGGGUUUUCUCCUCUGAGCUCCCCGCUUCCGAGCAGAGCGGCCACAGCGUUUACAACCCCAAGGACAACUCCACCAAGAUGCCUGGUUACACUUGGAAGAUCUCCUAUGGCGACGGCAGCAACGCCAGCGGUAACGUCUACCGUGACACCGUGACUGUCGGCAGCGUCGUUGCUCGACACCAAGCUGUUGAGGCUGCGCAGCAGAUCAGCUCGCAGUUCCAGCAGGACAGGAACAACGAUGGGCUGCUGGGUCUGGCAUUCAGUUCCAUCAACACUGUCUCCCCCUUGCCCCAAAAGACCUUCUUUGACACUGUCAAGUCCCAGCUCGACUCUCCUCUCUUCGCAGUGACUCUGAAGCAUAACGCCCCUGGCACCUAUGACUUUGGACACAUCGACCGCAAGAAGUACAGCGGCUCACUCACCUACACCGACGUCGACAGCUCCGACGGCUUCUGGAAGUUUUCCGCUACCGCAGGCUCCACCAAGUUCGAUGCUAUUGCAGACACCGGCACCACCCUCGUCCUCAUCGACACCGCCAUCGCAAACUCCUACUACAGCAAAGUCACCGGCGCCCAGAACUCCCAAUCCUACGGCGGCUGGGUCUUCCCCUGCUCGACCUCCCUGCCCUCCUUCACCAUCACCAUUGGAGACUACGACGCCGUCAUCCCCAGCGAAUACAUCAACUAUGCCCCCGUGACAACCGGCUCCUCGACCUGCUUCGGCGGCAUCCAGAACAACCAGGGCCUCGACUUUUCGAUCCUCGGCGACGUCUUCCUGAAGAGCCAGUACGUCGUGUUCGACUCCGAGGGGCCCCGGCUUGGAUUUGCGGCUCAGGCGUAA